GGUGGGGUUUAGAGGAAGCGGAAGUGUCAGAGCAGGCGGAAGUGGUACUGCCCUGAAUAUCCCGAGCAGCGAGCGGAGGACGGCUUGAGAUACUCCCAUCGUUAAGAGAAGAAAAUCCGGAUCCUUGAUUCGCUCUAAAUCCUAAAAGAUGGAUAAGAACGACCUGGUGCAGAAAGCCAAGCUGGCAGAGCAGGCCGAGCGCUACGACGACAUGGCGGCUGCCAUGAAGGCUGUGACGGAGCAGGGCCAGGAGCUCAGCAACGAGGAGCGCAACCUGCUCUCUGUCGCCUAUAAGAACGUGGUGGGGGCCCGCCGCUCAUCCUGGCGCGUCAUUUCCAGCAUCGAGCAGAAGACGGAGGGCAACGAGAAGAAACAGCAGAUGGCCCGGGACUAUCGCGUGAAGAUCGAGGGGGAGCUCCAAGAGAUCUGCCACGACGUGCUGAACCUUCUCGACAAAUUCCUCAUCCUCAACGCAUCUCAGGCAGAGAGCAAGGUGUUCUACCUCAAAAUGAAAGGAGACUACUUCAGAUACCUGUCAGAGGUGGCCUCUGGGGAGUCCAAGAAGGAAACGGUGGAUAACUCUCAGAAGGCCUACCAGGACGCCUUCGACAUCAGCAAGAAGGACAUGCAGCCCACGCACCCCAUCCGGCUGGGCCUGGCCCUCAACUUCUCCGUCUUCUACUACGAAAUCCUCAACUCGCCCGAGCAGGCCUGCUCUCUGGCCAAGCAGGCCUUCGAUGAGGCGAUCGCUGAGCUCGACACCUUGAACGAGGACUCCUACAAAGACAGCACGCUGAUCAUGCAGCUACUAAGGGACAACCUGACUCUGUGGACAUCAGAAAACCAGGGAGACGAGGGUGAAGCCGGCGAUGGAGAAAACUAGAGCGCUCUUCACUGUUAACCCCCCCCCACACACACACUCUUCCUCCUCCUCCUCUUCCUCUCUCGGUACCUACGCGGCGUUCAUUCCCUCGUCCAUCGCUCCCAGCCCAGCCUGACCUCCCUUCUGUAUAACCAACAGCAUGAAUAGCACCCGACCCCCACCUUACUGAGGGAUCCCCCCCCCCUUUCCAUCAUGGCACUCCAGCGCGCCCCGGCGGUCUGAAACCUCAUCUAGCACGCAGACGAGGUUUGCUCCCAAAUCAUCCUGCGUUUUCCCGUUUCUCCCUUCCUGGUUAAUCCCCCCCCACCCGCCCCUGUCCUAGUUAAAGCGUUUCUCUAGUCGUCCGUUCCUCCUCUGUUCGGCUUUCAUAGUGUUCUGGCAAACAUGGCUGGUUUUAUUCCACUUUAAACAAACAAAGGUUAUUAAACUGUCCGUUUAUUUUCAACCAACGCUGUGAUGCUCCGUUUGUCCUCCAGACCCACGGGGGGGCGGGGUGGGGUGGGGGGGGGGGGGUUUCUGCUGGGGUUCAUACAGAAGGCUCCUCCAUUCAAGGCCGUAUUGUGACACUGACUAAAUAAACAACCUGCUGGGUGUUUUUAGGUUUUUCCCAACCGGGACCCAUUUGACUCCUCACUUGUUUUGAACUGGGAGGCCAGUGGGGGGCGCUCCAGGCCCCGCUGGCCGCUCCCUGCCGCCCACCGCCUCUUUCGCUCUUCUUGGUUGAUUUAUUUUUUUUUUCCUGGGUGUAUUUGAUUCUGUAACCAAUCAGUUCGUUCUGUUUCUGAAAACUGUAAAAUUGUAAAACAUGUUUAAAGCGUAACUGUAAACUUUUUCUUUUUUUUUUGUUUUUUGAGAACCCCCCCCCUGAAGCCGUUACAGUCAGCUGCUGUUUUUUACCCCCCCUCCCCCACCUGCUUCUGCCCUGGAAGGCAGGUUGAGGCAGAUCUUGUGUUGCCGCUCGUGUGCAGCCGCAGCGUUCGGCUUCUAUUUUAGUCGCUCAGACGGAGGCUAUGAUUAAAAACCUUUCCUCCUCCUCUGGAACAAAGGCGGCUCAGUCGGCGCAGCGGAAGCCUCCACAGGUCCGUACAUUUAAGGAGCCAAAUCACAGCCGAUCAGCCAAUCGAGGAAAUGAGAACCUGUAGUUUGGAUUAUGGUUUUUUAGAAAAAUGUGCAGAUCAGUCGAGGCUUGUUUAGAGCUGCGCCGAAAAACUAAAAAUAAAAAAAUCCAAUUGAACGUAGUAAAACCGUCUUUGUUCGACUCAACACCCCACCGACGACGCGCCGAAACGGCUAAAAUCCAUGCAGCUCUUUCCCGCUCAGUGUCACAAUAACCUUGUCUUAAACAUGACAUUCCACUUUAGAUGUAGAAGGGACUUUUCGUUUCCUGGGGAUAAAUAUUUUCAUGCACUGACAUUUAAAAAGUAGAAAAAGAUUAAACAAAAAAAAAAAACUCAUCCUCCCUGCUGCUCUUUUUUUCUUUUUUUCUUUUUUUUUCUUUAGCUGAACAAACACAGUUCUUCUUCUUGGCUUUCUAAGGAAAAAUCGGAUCCCCUGCAGUAGUGAAUGUGGCACCAAGCCUGUCUGUAUAUCUGGUAUCUGGAAUCAUUUUGUUUUUACUGACCAGUAUUCUGCUUAAAAUAAAACAAAAAUCAACCCAAAAAAACAACAACAAAAGUGCUUCUGUGACGGUUCUUCUUGCUUCGCUGCACGUGGUUGUGAAACUUUUAGGUUUAGCUUUAAAUACACAAAUAAAAAUAAAAUAA